AUGGACCCCGGCGAAAACACGCGCCCGGCAUCGCAGCUUAUCGCUGGCUUUGGCUCACCUACCACGCCAACAGGCCCGCCGCCUGGUUCACGGAGAAGUCUCUUCGGACAAAGCAAUCUGGGACAAAGUUAUAUGGGCCAAUCCGUUCGCUCUGUCCACCCUCCGCCGCCACCUCCCCCAGCACAUGAUGCGGAAAAGGAUGAGUUGCGCGUUCAAGUCAGCACUCUCAGAUACGAGUUAGAAAGUAUCAAGCAAGAACGAGACCUACAGACCCUUCGAUUCGAGAAAGAGACACGGGAUCUCCAGUUGAAAGCAGACGCUGAUUUUAAAAGGGCACAGGCUUCUGAGACCGCAAAUACCCGUGCUACCCAGAAAACCGAAGCCGUUGUGAAGGAGUUGAAGGACAUCCAAGAACAAGCCCUGAAUGAGAAAGCCAGCCUAGACCGAAAGAACAGGAACCUUCAAGAUGAAGUCCAAAUGAUUCAGGAAGAACUUACGGAAACCCAAGCCCAAGCCUCCGACCACCAACGCCAAUCCAAAUACCAGAUCAGCGAGUUGGAAACAGUCCGGGUUUCCCUCCAGAAUACUAUCCAGGAGCUCCAAAAUGAUCUUCUUGAGGCGCGAACGGCCCAACAAGCAACCCAGGAGAAGUUAAGCCAACGAGAGGCCGAGGUCGCUGAUCUCGAGUCCGAGAAUAUCCGGUUAAAAGCAGAAGGCAACGAUGCAGAAGCUCUUCUGGUUCUCAAGAGAGAGCUUACUGAACAAGUCACCCAUCUUCGCGAGCUGGAGACAACAAACAGGGAACAAGUAACAGAAUUACAACACCUACGAAAGGUUCAGAAGAAUGUCCAGGUGGUCGAUGAACAGAAGAGAUCACUUGAAAAUAAACUACAGCUCAUGCAAGGCGUCGAGGCGGAGCUUGAAACCCUUCAGAUUCAGAAACAAGUCCUAGAGGACGAACGUCAGUCAUGGGCAAGCCUUCUGGAAGAGAACGACCAGCCUACGGAAUUCGACUCCCCCGAGGCGAUUGUCAAAGCCCUUGUUCAGGAGCGAAUUGAGAAAGCAACUUUCAUUGACCGCCUUGGCGCCGUUGAGGCCCAGUUCCUGGAAAAAGAUGAAGCGAUCAGGGCUCUGGAAGACGAGAAAGUUAAGAUAUGCCAAGAGUUGGAAACGGCUCGCGCGACCGCAAAUACAGCCUCUUCUGUAAGUGCACCCGCAGGAGCAGAUGCUCGUGCUCGGGGUCGACUGGAACGUCAACGAGUUCUGGCAGUGAAGGAGGUUGAGUAUCUACGUGCGCAGCUUAAGACUUUCGACGAGGAAGAAUCGACUAUGAAUGCAGAGCAGAGCCAAUUCGAUGAACAAAAGGCUGCCCAGAUCGCACAAUUGCAGCAAUUGGUGGAUGAGUAUCGUGCCGAGCUCCACAAGGUUCACGAGGAGCUGUCCACACGGGAAGCGCCACCUCAGGAAAAGCCACAGUCCCAAGGCACUAAGCGUCCGCUGUCACCAGCAGACAGUGCAGCUGAAAGUGAACGUCUCUCGGUGCUUACCCGGAAGAAUCGUAAGCUGCAAGAGGCGCUCUCCAAAUCAGAACAGGGUACGGCCCUUGCCAAGAAAGAGCUGGAUGCUGCCAAAUCCCAGUUAAGGUCACUCAAAGCCAAGACCCGGACUCGUGUUUUGGAACUACGAGACAACCCCACAGCGGAAGCCGAGAAGAUCAAAAUGACGACCCUCAGGACUCUUCAAUCAGAAAACCGGGAUCUUCUUGCCCAACUACAGGGCAACCCUGCUGGAGUCAGGGUUGCCCCCGUUAGCACGCUCGAGAGCCUUAAGCUCGAAAUCCAAGAAAUGGAGGGCGUUAUUGCUGACAAGGAGAAACGCAAUCGCCGCUUGAGGGAAAUCUACUCUGCCAAGGCCACUGAGUUCAGAGAGGCCGUUGCCUCCCUUCUUGGCUAUAAGCUUGAUAUUCUCCCCAAUGGCCGAGUACGUGUUACAUCCAUGUUCCAUCUGUCCCCAGAGUACCGACAUGGUGACCCUGGUGCCUCCGCCGACUCUCGUGGGCCAGGAAGUAUGGGCAACGGCGAAGAGAAUUCCAUUCUUUUUGAUGGUGAGAAUGGGUCGAUGAAGCUUUCCGGUGGAAACAACAGUCUCUUCGCUAUGGAGAUCAAACCUUUGUUGAAGUUCUGGGUACAGGAAAGGAAAGACAUUCCUUGCUUCCUCGCAGCAAUGACCCUGGAUUUUUACGAUAAAACCACCCGUGCAACCAGGGUCUGA